CCGGAAGUCUUGCAGUGCUGAGCUGGUGGGUUUUGUGCCUGCCUGGCGUUGGGCCUCGCUGUAGAGUCGCCAUGGCGCCAAAGGGAAAGGUGGGAACCAAAGGUAAAAAGCAGAUAUUUGAAGAAAACAAGGAUACCCUCAAGUUCUAUCUGCGGAUCAUCCUUGGUGCUAAUGCUAUUUAUGGAAUUGUAAACCUUGUGAUCUUCUAUGCAACAGCCACUGUCUGGACUUGGAUUGCAUUUGUGUUCAGCUUGUUGAUCUACGGGGCCAGUUACCGCUCCAUGAGCUCCAUGGCGAAACCUUCUUUCGCGGAUGACGGCAGCCUUGCUGAUGGUGGAAUUGACCUGAAUAUGGAGCAGGGGAUGGCAGAGCACCUGAAGGAUGUGAUCUUGCUUACAGCCAUAGUCCAAGUCCUCAGCUGUUUUUCUCUCUACGUGUGGUACUUCUGGCUCUUGGCUCCGGGGCGGGCGCUCUAUCUUCUGUGGGUUAACAUCCUGGGCCCUUGGCUCACCACAGAUUCUUCGGCUGCAAACCAGGAGCCCAACGAGAAGAAACAGCGCCGACAGGAACGCCGGCAGAUGAAGCGUUUCUAGCUGCGCUCGUGGGAACGGAUGCCGUGGCCACCUGUUGUCUCCAUGUGGCUGUUUAUCAGGGAUGUGAUUUUUGAACCAAUCUGAAAACAUCAGGGGCUUCUCUCGCUUAUCCCCUCUGCCCCCCCCACCCCAGUUGAUGCCAGUUCACUCUGAGGCUAAAUUGCUUCAGGGGCAAUGUCACCAGGCAAAUACAUAACCUUUGUCUGCCUUGUGACAAGGGUGGAACCUCUGGCGGACUGAAAUUGUGUAAAUAUCUUUAUAAAACGAUGCUGUAAUAAGAACCUUAAGGGUGGAGGUGUUCCUGGGUUUGAAGAAAUGGUACAUUAAACACACACACCCCAACAACCACAAAGCUACAGAGUCUAUAUGAGAGUACAUUGAUUUUAUAUUAUCCCACUUUUGACCCUGCCUAUUUGCCAAAUCGCAGUAGUCAGGUGCAGUGUGUGAAACCAAAAUACAAAACAAUCAGCCAACAACAAUCAAAACAAUAAUUAAAGCUAGAGCUCAUAAAAGAACAAAGGUGAAAGAGAAGAUUGCAGGGAUGGUCAAAAGAAUCUCACAUUGAAAGCCUGGGUAUUAUUAUUAUUUUUAAAGAGGGACACAGGAAGCUCUGCUAGAAUGGAGGUGUGUAAAUACCUCGUAUGUAACUAUGUUUCCCCGCUUAGCCCAAAGCAAGACUGUAGGGAUGAGCUUGGGUGCAUCUCUCUUCGUAGUGAAUUGGAGUGUGCUGGGGCCACCAGCAAAAAGUCCCUGCACUGGCUUCCUGAGAGUCUGACUUCUUGCCAAAGGAGCUCAGAGUCCCAUCUGCAAAUUUUAGUGGGCUAAAGGAUUUGUACACUGUAGGGGUGAUACUCCCUGACGUGUAUCUGCACCAAGCUUCAGAGGGCUUUGGAGGGUAAAACAUUAGGUCACACACCCUCAGUUCCCAACAGGAGUCUGAAUAGAAAGCAUCACAUCUUGGAUACUGUGAUCAAAAUCUAAUAUUGCUUGUUACAAUAAGUACUUGGCACCUGGUUGCGGAUAGAGAGACGGAAGGACGUGAAGCUGCUCUGUGUUUUUAGAUUCAGGGGUUGGUUUACACAUCAUGACCUGAAAUUUGAUGACAGGCAGCUGAAUGGGAGAGCGGGGCAGGUGCUAAUACUGUAAUGUGUCUUCACAACUGUUAUGCUACGUCGGCUUCAAUCAAUAAAACAUUAGGAGUUCUGCUUGUU